AUGGCACGCACAAGCGCAGCAGCAGCGGCCGCCCUCGGCCUUAAGAAGGUCGACGAUUCAGCCAAGGAGACCAAGACUCCAGCUCAGGAGAAGACAACGAAUGGCACAUCAACCACAAAUGCCAAAGAGUCAGACGGCGAGUCCACAAAUGGCGAGACAGCUGAGAAGGACGAGACAUCGGCAGAGACCAAUGGCGACGAAAAGAAGGAGGAGGAUGAGGAGAAGCCCAAGAAGCCCCUUGCUCCCUUCGGUUCAAUCGCCUCGACUAAGAAUAUCUACAAGUCCGCCAAGGACAGCGACGGAAACUGGACGUGGGUGGACAAGUACCCCGAAGACGUCCAGGAAGCCGCUGAGAACGAGGAGACGGAGCAGUAUGCCGUCGUUGUGCGCAACGUUAAGAGCAACGACAGCCGGAAGAAGCUCGAGGCCGACUCCAUCGUCAUCCAGAGCCCCUGGCUCAAGAAGGCCUUGGGUGAGAUCCUGGACGGCUACACCGGCGUCGCCUGCGAGCUCGACCGCCUAGAGUUCGCCGCCCCUUUCCGCCCCUUUGUGCACCGCUGGACAGAGUUCCGCAAGUACCUGGGCAAGGCGGGUCUCGAUGCCAACACCAAGGAGCACCUCACUAUCCUGCACGACAUCCUUCAGUACGAGAUUGGCAACACCAUCAAGGCAUUCGAGGAUUACGUGGCAAAGGGCGUCAUUACAUUUGAGCAUCUUUGGAUGAUCUUCCAGCCCGGCGCCAUCAUCCUCUCGGCCCACAAGGGUCCUCUGUCGGCCUUUGAGCUCGAGGAGACCGAGUACAUGGAGAACAACUGCGGCAAGUUCCUCCAGCUGCGCGCCGACUGCGUCGACUACAGCGGCAAGGAGUUUGGCCGGUACGGUGAGCGCAUCAACAUUUCCGAGUUUCUCGGCACCAAGAAGAUCACCGGCCUCAACGCCUACCCCUGGGCCUUCCACGCCCAAAAGGACAAGCUGCGUGCGGCCCUGAUCCAGCGCGGCAAGAUCUUUGAGGAGCUGGCCGGACACAACUACAAGCAGUACUCGGGCACCGCCAUCACCUGGGACAGCGAGGGCAACGAGACGCCCAUACAGGUCGAGGGACGCAUCGUCGUCGACAUCAACUCGUUCAACCGCUUCAGCCCGUACCACAACCGCUACCUCGACGACUGGAACGCAAAGGACAUGGAGGCGCUCUCGGCCUGGAAGCGCCAGCACGGGCUGGGCAAGGACGGCAACCUCCAGCUGACCCCUUACCACCAGAUGCUCGCGCGGUCUCGCACGCGUGGCUACUCCCUCAAGCUUAAGAAGUGGCUCGACUUCUUCGUCGAGCAGGUCAGCGAAAUUAGUUGGAACACGAAUGCCUUUGACAAGCUCGUCCUGCCUGAGGACCAAAAGGAACUCAUCCUCGCCUUCUCCGAGUCACAGCUCGACGGCUCUACUUUUGACGACGUCAUCUCCGGCAAGGGCAAGGGCAUCAUCUGCCUCCUUUCUGGGCCCCCGGGCGUCGGCAAGACCCUGACGGCGGAGGCCGUGGCUGAGAACCUCCGCGUUCCCUUGCACACCCUCAGCUCGGGCGACCUGGGCUCAAAGCCUUGGGAGGUCGAGCACGGCCUGUCCCGUAUCCUGGAACUCGUGGCGCGGUGGAACGCGAUCCUGCUGCUGGAUGAGUGCGACGUCUUCCUCGAGGCGCGCUCGACGCAUGACCUCGAGCGCAACAAGGUCGUCUCCAUUUUCCUGCGGACGCUCGAGUACUACGAGGGCAUCCUCUUCAUGACGACCAACCGCGUCGACAACAUUGACCUGGCGUUCCAGUCGCGCAUCCAUGUCUCGCUCGAGUACCCCGACCUCACCCCGGAGUCGCGCCGCCAGAUCUGGAGCAACUUCUUGCACGGGGCUACGCUCAAGAGCGAGGUUUCUGAUGAGGAUGUCGCUGAACUCUCUGAGUUAAAGCUCAAUGGUCGGCAGAUUAAGAACAUUCUCAAGACGGCGCAGUUGCUGGCUGCUAGGAAGAAGAGUGCGCUCAAGCGCAGUUUCAUUGACAUUGUUCUCAACAUUGAGAAACGGCGACCUGGGGGCCAGGCUUCUUCUUAG